UUCUUUCUUUCAUUUUUUUGGACUCUUUUUUAUUAUUAUUAUGACGUCAAAUAAACCUAUAUCGUUCACAACUACAAACGAAGGUAUUCAAACAAACAGACAACAACCAUCUAUACCUACCACCUCUACUUCAACUUUACCUGUCUUUUCUACCGCUUGUAAUACAACUGUCAAGAUCAUUCCUCCUAGAACAGCAAAAGAACCGAAAACAUCCACUAGUCAUCCCAUUAAUAUUAGUUGGGUCAUUCCUAUUGAUAUUUUGAAUUAUUUGUCGACUACAAAAGGAUUUCCCAAUAAUCUUGAUCUAUAUGAUUUUCUCGAUCCUAAUGUAAAAGAGAAAUGGCUUAAGCAUGAUGAACAACAAAAACAACUACAUUCAGAGUCAACGAAUCGACAUGGGAGAGGCAAUUUAUGCCUAAGUUCCUGUCCUGGUAAGAAAGUGAGAUUGACUGGACCUGUAGGUGGUAGAGCAGCUAUCAAUCGUGAUUUAGAUAUGGAUUUUGAACGUAUGAGAACGGUCGGGAUUACAAUGAUUAUUUGCUGUCUAGGCGAUGAUGAAUUAGCAUUCUUGGGCGCACCUUGGCCAAAAUAUAUCAAAUCAGCAAAAGAACAUGGUAUGGAAGUUAUAAGAUUACCCAUGUUGGAAGGACGUUGUCCGAAUACACUAUUUGAAGUGAAAGAGAUAGUGAAAAGAGUGAAUAUAGAAAUAUAUAAAGGAAACAAUGUACUAGCGCAUUGUAGAGGUGGUGUUGGUAGAGCUGGAUUAUUUGCAGGAUGUUGGUUAUUAGAAAACUUAUUAUGUAAAGAUGCAGAAAGGACAGUGGCAGUUUUAAGACAAAGACGAAGCUCAAAAGCAAUUGAAACUUAUAUUCAAGCAGAAUAUUUAAUUCGUUAUUCGAUCACUGUGAGGCAUCCAUUAGGGAUAUCAUCGAUGGUUACUGAAGGGGCAAUAGUACCCUUUGAAUUCGAAGUAGGCCCUCCUUCUCUAUCGCUUAUUGCCGAGCUGGAAAAAUUCAUAUUAACUCAUGAUUCAUCACAACAACAAAAUGAUGAAAUCAUAACUGCUACCACAGAGAUAUCACCACCGACUGUAAUCAUUCCCAACACUAUCUCUUCAGAUUCUUCUUCUUCUUCACCUACUCAAAUUCGUAAUACAGCAAAGUUAUUAUAUUCACCAAGAUAUUAACAAAAAGUAUCAUGCAUACAUCGUAUAUAAUACAAAAUCUUACUUUUUUCUAUUAUUAGUUUCAUAUAUAACAUGCCUUGUAUAAUAGAGAUUAAUAUAAUUACACCGUAUGACAUUUUUGAAUACUGAAUUAAAUAAAAAAAAGAAAAAAAAACUGUUAAAUUACAUGGUAAUUAUUAUCAAACUAUUUCAAAUGUUAGUAAGAAGAACAUUAGCCAGUAUCUU